GAUGAGAUAGGGCUUUUGAAAGGACAAGAGCCUCAACCCCGAACGAUGACACUGCUACUGUUCACACUACUCCGUCCACCAACCUUCCGGCGGAAUCACGACGGACGCAAGCGAUCGCGCCUCCAGUAGCUCCAGGUCCGUAGGCACCGUUUAUGUUUAUCUUUAGUGUUCCAGCCUGCGGUGGGUUCCAAAAUCGUGACGAUCCGUCGCUGAUCUUACUAGAUUCGCUGGAUUUUGGGGUCCAUCUGUUGAAACUCUUCAACCCAGUUAAACCAGACUCCACAAGAUUGCUUCGUUCUGGUUUUUUAUUUCUGAAGAUGGCCUGAUUUCUUGACUUCCAGAUAUUCGACUUUACUCAUCGUUUCUGCUCUUUUCCCCCCUUUGUCUGCAAUAAGAGCAUAGAAAAAGAAUUCCGAUCUUGUAAUCUACGCCCCUCAUCCCAAACCCUGACCGCGGACCGGGCCAAGGUCGAUUCAACUUUAAAUCCAUCGCGGUGCACGAAAUCUCCCUUGGUGCUUGUCUCGCUCGUUGACCGGCCUUUCGACAUUCCAGAAGACCAAUCCCGAUCUUUUCCUUCUCUCACACUUCCCAUUUUGUGGUCGCUACACCCCAGAUCACUCACUUCUGCACAAAUUAGUUUCUGGUCGGAGAUUUUUCCUUCUCUCCCUCGUUAUCUCAAGAAACGGAGCAACUGAAAUUAUUCCUGUCCAUCUUCAUCCAUCUCUUUUGCAUCUCCACACUAAAAUCAUAGAUUUUCCUACUUGAUUCGUGUUCUCUCCUAUUGCCUAGCCAAUGCCUAAAGAUCAACUCCUUUUUCUUCUCUUCCUUCUUCUUCUACAUCUGUCUUUUAGCAUCGCCUUGGAAAAUAAUCAGUGCACCAGCUCUUGCGGCGAUAUCAAGAACAUAAGCUCUCCGUUUCGGCUAAGGGGUGAUCCGGACUUCUGCGGAGACCCAAACUAUGAGCUAGCCUGCUUAAAUAACCGAUCCAUUUUGAAUUUGUAUUCGAGUAAGUACUAUGUACGGUACAUCGACUAUACCAACUACACGAUUAGGGUUACCGAUGUUGGGAUGACAGAGGACAAUUGUUUGCCUCUUUCUCUCCGCUCUUUGUCAUGCCGCGACUUGAACGAAGGUGAUCUGUAUAGUUGCACUGGAUACGAGUUAUACAAAUUCUAUGGUCGAGGGUUAGACAAGACCGUUUCGAUCGUGAACUGCACCAAGGCCGCUGCUUCUCAGUUUUACAUCGACGCUACGUCAUGCCAUGAUAGGAUUGAAUUUUCCAAUUUUUCUAGUACAAGAAGGCGAUUAUACGCCAUGAUCGAUGCGAAUGCCUCGAAUGUGGAAACUGCGUGCACUAUAGAGCUUCUGGCAAUGAUCCCAUGGUGGGCUGACGGUGACAGUCUUCAUUCCUAUGCGCAAAUUCAAGACCCGAUGGUUUUUGGGUUUGAGCUUUCAUGGCUUCCAAUGGCGGCUAAGAUGCAAUGCAAACAUCACUUUUGGUGGGACAUCAGCGGCAAAUACCAAAUUCGGUGCGGACUCAAGAACGGUAAGAAAUUUUGAAUUUGUUCAGUUUUCUUAACCCCCCAAAAAAAAAGUUGUGAGGACAUAUCUGGUCAAAAUCUAUGAAAUUUGAUCUAAACUUGAAAUUGAGUUCGGUCAUAUGUAUAUCUUUUCACAAACCUAUGUGAUUUGAAAAUGCCCAUUAAGAUCAAAUAUUUUAGUAAAUGAUGUUGUGGUAUUUGUUUACGUAUAAUAAUAAAUUCAUUUUCUUUAUUUAAUUCGAAUUCAUGUAAUUUAAAAAUGGCCAUUAAAAUCAAGUAGUUUGAUAAAUGCUGCUGUGGUAUUUUGUAAGUAUAAUAAUGAAUGAAUUUUUAUUGAUUUUUUAUUUAUUUAGUUCAGAUUCCGCUGACAAAUCUUAACGGAUUGAACCAAGACACUCAUUAUUUGAUUAUGGUAAAUAGGUAUCUUUUGAAUUUUUUUCAGCUUUCACUUACGUAUUCAAUUUCCCUUGUAGGAAUUUAUUUCCUCUUAAUUUACAGCCAGAUUUUGGGCUCACGCUCUUUGCCAUUGGGGGAUUCACGGUUGUGAAAUUCAUCUUGGGAGCCCCAUGUGUGAUGAUAUUGCUUAUACACAAAUGGAGGAGAAGACACUUAGCAAUGGAUCAAAACAUUGAAAAAUAUUUGCAAUCUAACAAUAACUUCUUGCCGAUAAGAUACUCUUACUCGAAGAUCAAGAAAAUCACAGGCAGUCUUAAGGACAAACUAGGUGAGGGAGGGUAUGGUUCUGUAUUCAAAGGAAAACUGAGAAGCGGUCGUGAUGUUGCGGUGAAGAUCUUGAAGAAUGGGAAAGCAAAUGGGCAGGACUUCAUCAGUGAAGUGGCUACUAUCGGAAGAAUUCAUCAUGUUAAUGUGGUUGGACUCAUUGGUUUUUGCUUUGAAGGCUCCAAACAAGCUCUCGUCUAUGAUUUCAUGUACAAUGGGUCUUUGGAUAAGCACAUUUUCUCACAAGGACAGGGGACUUGUCUUGAUUGCAAGGAAGUGUACAAGAUUGCUCUCGGAGUGGCUAGAGGGAUCAAGUAUCUUCAUCGAGAAUGCGACAUGCAAAUUUUACAUUUCGAUAUUAAGCCUCACAAUAUUCUUCUUGACAAGGAUUUAACUCCAAAAGUUUCUGACUUUGGGUUGGCAAGAUUGUACUCCCCGGACCACAACACUGUGUCUUUAACUGCCGCAAGAGGAACCUUAGGAUACAUGGCUCCGGAGCUAGUCUAUAAGAACAUUGGGAGUAUCUCUUACAAAGCUGAUGUCUAUAGUUUUGGCAAAUUGUUAAUGGAAAUGGCUAGUAGAAGGAAGAAUGCAGACACGGUUGCAGGGUAUUCUAGUGAUGUUUACUUUCCUUUAUGGGUUCAUGACCAACUUAGUGAGGGAUCGAACGUUCCAAUGGAAGAGUUUAGCGAGGAGGAUAAGAUAAUAGUAGAGAAGAUGAUAAUAGUUGCUCUUUGGUGCAUACAAUUGAAUCCCAAUGAUCGGCCUUCGAUGCAUAAAGUCUUGGAAAUGCUUGAAGGAGAAGCAGGUGAUCUACAAGUACCUCCCAAGCCACUCCUUUAUCCAAUGGAAAUGUCAACAAGGGAUGAUGAAACUUGGACCGACAAAGGCAAUGAUACUAUAUCUACUUCAUCAAUCAGUGCAACAACUUAUGAAGCUUUGCAUCUUGAGCAAGCCGUAUUACUAUUAGACAAGCAUAGAUAAAUAUCAGUAGCACCUACUCCAAUCACAUAUGUGACAAAUAGAAACAGAUCAUAUUGAUGAUGUAGGUCUCCUUUUAUGGCCAUCAGAUUCUAGACGUUUAUAACUAUGUUUAUGAAUCUUAAUUUCGAUUGUAUUUUAGUGUAGUCCUACGAGGAGUGAGUUUGGGUUU